AGCUAAAAGGAAAACGAAUGACUGCAAUUAACAAUCAGUGAGCUGUUUCAGGGUGCGGGGUAAGGACCACUCUAAUCUAUCAAUACAGCUAAUAUUCUGAAAGUCAACUCAGAGACAACAGUAAUUAUUCAUGUGAAAGUAUUCCUAGAAUUUAUAUUAGCCUCCAUAUUGAAGACAUCAUAUGAAUACUUACAUGCUCACUAAAGACUUCCAACAGCAGUAAUACAAAAAAUGCUUUCCCUGUCGUCAUGCCCAUUACCUCUGCAGUUCCAAUAAUUUGUUAGUUGAGCUGUGUUUUCUUUCACAAAGUGUCAACUGCAAACAAAUAUGCAAAGAAAUAACGUAUAAAAGACACUGCUGGAUGAAAACAAGCCUGAACUGUGUGUGCCGUGUCCACUGCGCCAUCUAUCGACCAAUGACGAGCAACGCAACAACACUGAGAACAAACAUGGCGACGUCCAUGAAACCACGUCCUUUUUCAGUCAAUAAACAUAUUUGAAGUCGAAUAAGUUUUGUCUGACGGAAAAUAAGAGUCGUACACAAGUGCCAUGUCCAGACUCGCAGUGGUGUGUGGGGGCUCCAGGGGCGUUGGGAAGGCUGUGUCCCGCCUGCUGGCAGAGAGGGGCUGCAGGCUGGCUGUGGUCUCCAGGAACGAAGACGCUGCCCGCUCCGCCGUGGCAUCUCUACAGGGAGGUACAUUAAAUGUGUCAGCUGACCAUGUGGCCCUCAGCUGUGAUGUCUCUCAAGAGCAGGAGGUGCAGAAAACCUUUGAGAGGAUCCAGAAGACCUGUGGAAACAUCUCUUAUCUUGUGAAUGCAGCUGGCAUCAACAGGGAUGCUCUGUUACUGAGGACUAAACAGGAGGACAUGGUGGCUCUGCUUCAUACCAACCUGCUGGGCACCAUGUUGACCUGUAGGGCUGCACUGCGCAGCAUGUUGCACACACAGGGAGCUGCCAUUGUUAACAUAGGUUCUGUUGUGGGCCUGAAAGGGAAUGCUGGUCAGUGUGCCUACAGUGCCAGUAAAGCUGGUCUAGAAGGCUUCACACGCUCUUUGGCUAAAGAAGUUGCUUCACGUGGUAUCAGAGUGAACCUGCUGGCUCCAGGUUUCAUCCGAACUGACAUGACCGCGGGGCUGAAGGAGGAGGACGGGGUGCGCUCCAUCCCACUGGGGAGAUUUGGUGAGCCAGAGGAAGUGGCGAAGGCUGUCCUCUUCCUUUUGGAGUCUUCCUAUGUCACAGGACAGGUGCUGGUGGUGGAUGGAGGACUGCAGCUGGCCAUGUAGGGAAUUGGGCCUUCUUCUGGAGUUAUCUGACCGCUCAGAACAAUGGUAUCAGGGCAGGUGAAAACCUCACUUUUCCCUUAUGUCUUGUGUAAGGCAUAAAGCUGUAGACCUUACAGGAAGUGGCUCAAGAAUAAGACAAAGGGACAGAGGGCCCCCUGGUGCUCACGGCUGAGGAGUAUCUGACAGGUUAAAAUGUUACACUUCAGAAGACUACAUGGCUGAAAGUCAAAUGUUGCUGAAUGCAGCGUGAGAUUGGAUAUACACUGAUGUAUUUUUUUUACUGCUUAACACAAAGAGUAAGCAAAAUCUUUGCACGAGUUUGUAACAAGGCAGUUUACUUGUUGAUGGCAUAGCAGACACAAAUCCACGUUUCAGAGGAUCACUGACCUGCUGCUCUGGCUUUCUGCUGAGUCACUCUGUCCAGCCACAGUAGGCGUGGCUUGAUGUGUGUGUGUGUGUGUGUGUUCGUGACUAACGCUGUUGACUCCAGAAUGUCUGGCCCAGUCCAGACCUCUGUGCCCUGAGGUCUUAAAUUUGAUCAGUAGAUUGAACUCUGUUGGUCUUUUUUCCAUGACUGUAAAGCACCCGCUCAGGUUUUGUUCCCCACCUCCCCUGGGAGACCCCCUCGCAGCCGCCACAUGUUUCCCCUCCACCAGCAGCCCCCUGAGCCCACCUCUGGGGGGGCCUGUCGAGGGGCCAGGCACGCUGUGUUGCAGCUGGAGGAAAUUAGAUGUAGUGGUGGAGGUGGGAGGGGGUAUUUUUAGCUCUGGGAAUGUUUUGAGUGUCUGGUUACAGCUCUGGACCUGUAGUGCGGAUGGAUUGGGUUGGAGGUGAGUGUCAUGCUCAGUGAUGAGAUCUUGAAAUGCCACAUUGCUUGUUCCUGCCAUUAAAACAUGCUGUUACCGUCCUUCUGAGUGUAAUAACCAACUUUAAACAAGCAGCUUACUCUCUCUUUCUGUUCCUUUUAUGUAUCCUAAAUGUUGUAUUUUCUUUUAAAAGACUGACCUACAUUGUACAGUACUCAGAUUAGCAUUCUUAGCAUGAAUGGUAUUUCCACUGUGACUGAUAGUGUGUUUUUUGGCAUUCUCUUAUUUUUUUUAGGAAGAGCCUGCCAGUCUAUAAAAACAUCUCACGCUGUC